UAUGCAAUAUGUAUGUAUGUAUAAUCAAACUAUUAUAUAUAAUAGUUUCACACACAAACAAAUUGAUUAUUUUUAUGUAAAUAUUUAGUGUGUGAUUGAUUUUGUGGUCCUUGUGAUAUUGAGUGCUGAAUAGAACCCUUUGGAUUCAAAUUGGUGAAAAACUAUUCAACAAUUAAUCUUAAGGCAGUUUUAGCAAUGAGUUACUGGACAAAAAGAAGAAAGAUUCGAGGCGAAGUGCAACAUAUUUUAACUGAAAUAAUUGACACUGAAAAGCAUAAUAUUGAUGUUAGAGAGAAAUGGGCUACAGCAAGCUUAUCACCUCAAUUGUCUGAAACAUUAGUGGUUCCUGUUACUGAAUUAAGCAGCCAAACUCCUUUAUUCAACCCUUUAUUUAACAAUUGCAGUGAGACAUCAGAGAAUUUUGCAUCACCUUUGGGUGAUGUUGAUGAAUAUGACGAAGUUGAAAAUGCCAUUAUGAGCGAUUCUGAAUCUGACCAAAGCUCUCAGUUCAGUAUGAUGGAAGAACUUGUAACAGAUUUGGCAUCAUGGUCAUGUUCUUUUAAUAUUACACUUACUGCGUUAGCUGCUUUGCUGACUAUUUUACGAAAAAUUUGCCCUGAUUUGCCAAAAAGUCCAAAAACAGGUACGUGACAGUUCAUAUUGUUAUUUAGGCAUAAAGCAAGGGAUUGUUAAUAGAUUGUCACAGUUAGUUGCUAAAGGUACGACAGUGAAUCAGGUAAUUAUGUUACAAUUCAAUAUUGAUGGAUUGCCAUUAUUUAAAAGUUCAAAGAUACAGUUGUGGCCAAUUCUGUGUUUAAUGGAACAUUUUGAUGAUGUGGUUCAAAC